UUUCUCUCUUUCUCUCUCUCUCUCUCUCUCUCUCUCUCUCUCUCUCUCUCUCUCUCUCUCUCUCUCUCUCUCUUAAAAUGGAAGAUUCUGAUAUUGCUACAGUCCAACAGGCCAUCGUUCUUACUAUCCGUCCAUCCUCUGGCCCUACCUUUACAACUGCAAUCUCUACUGAGAACACUGUCCUGCAGCUGAAGGAGAAGCUCGCCACUCCAGACCUGCCUGCUUCCUCCAUCCGACUUGUCUACUCGGGUCGGGUUCUUAAGGAUGAAGAUCCAUUGUCAUCUUAUUCCAUAAAGGAGGGUCAUACUAUCCAUAUGGUCAGAAGUGCGACCAAUAGGGCUAAUGAACAAGCAGUGCAGACUGUCCGACCUCUCAACAACAGCAACGCACCAACAGAUGGGUUCGAUGAGCAGUCAUUCAUGUCAACUCUAUUGGAAAAUCCGGCUAUUAGGGAUAUGAUGGCAAACCCUGAAGUAGUUCGGAGGAUGAUGAUGGCGAACCCUCACACAAGGGAAGUGAUGGAAAACAAUCCCGAGGUCGCACAAAUGCUCAAUGACCCUUCAUUUCUCCGUCAGUCUAUGGACAUGGCUAGGAAUCCAAAGUUGAUGAAACAGGCACUGCGGAACAAUGACAGAGCACUUUCUAAUCUGGAGAUGGUUCCCGGUGGAUUUAAUCAUCUUCGUCGAAUGUAUCACAGUGUUCAAGAACCUAUGGAGGCUUCACGAAGCAUGCCAGAGCCUUCAACUGACGAUCUUAAUGCACAAUUCGCUGCUCGGCUCAAUGCUGAUACCCGCCCUCAAGCUGGACAGCUCAAUACCACUGCUCUUCCUAACCCUUGGGCACCCCCAAGGAACCAAAGCCAACCGACGAGAGGUUCAAUGUUUCCAGGAUUCGGCAUGGGUGGAAGUCCUUCCCAUGGAAUGACAGGAUUUGGUGCACUAUCUCCUUUUGGAGGUCUUGAUAGCCCUACCGCAGGAACCCCAGGGAGCCAACCUGGAAACACAGGUGCUCAUGGCUUCGAGAGCCCCUUUGGAUUCAUGAUGAACCAAAGGACAAAUGGAUCAUCUCAAAACCAGUUUGGCUUCCCAAUCUUCAACAACGAUGGUAAUUUAUCACCCAUGGGUGGCAACAACCCAGAAAUGUUUCAACAAAUGCUGCAGUUCCAGCAAAUGAUGAGGCAGAUGCAACAGCAACAAUCCACAUCAUCGCCCCCAUCCUACAGUGGUUUUCCUCCAUUUGGAAACAUGUGGCGCAACAGUAACAGCAACAUUAAUAAUAACUCCAACACUUCAUCAAACAUUAAUUCAACGACACCUGCCGCCAACAGUGCUACCUCUACUGCGACCACUGCAACUACCAUCACUCCUUCUGCAACAAAUACCACUGCGACCACUAACACAAUCCCUAAUCCUUCGACCACGUCGACACCCGGUUCAACGCUUCCCCCGCCAGAAGAGCGAUUCCAAUCACAGCUGGCAUCGCUGCGUGACAUGGGAUUCUCAGACAAUCAAAGAAAUAUGCGGGCUCUACUGGCCUCAGGAGGAGAUGUUAAUUCGGCGAUAGAGUUUCUUUUGCGGAUGUAAAGAAAAAAACAAUAUUAUAUAUAUAAAAAAGAAAAGAAAAGAAAAAAGAUAUCAUUCACCUAACCGAGCUAGUGUAGAAAUGCCUAUUCAUCCAAUUUACAAGAGGAACUAGAGAACGC